AUGGUGCCCGGAUAUCCAGUCGUUCCCAUAUUCGCGUUUCUCUCAUCCACACUCCUUCUUCUGGUCCUAAUCACGAGUGCUGUGCGCCGGUCGUGGAACUUCGGGCUCACCGUGCUUUGCGUCUGCGUUUUCGUGGAGAACUUCUGCGGAGCGAUUGAGACUGUUGUAUGGAAGGAUAACGCGGAUAUCAAGCUCUAUGCGUUCUGCGACUUCAUCAGUCGUUGGCAGAUCUUGACGUCUAUCGUCAAGCCUGCAUGUACGCUCGUGAUCACACGCAAACUGCACCAGAUUGCCUGCAUGCAGAGUCCGCUCCAGACAGAUAAGCAGAGACGAUGCGAUAUAUGGCUCAAUGUGACGCUCUUGAUCAUACUUCCGGUCCUGGUGGCUGGACCGCUCUACUACAUCGUGCAAACGUACCGCUUCGUCAUCAUUGAAGGCUACGGCUGCACCUCCGGCGUCGACGCCUCAUUCGCCUCCAUCGUCCUCGUCCACAGCUGGCGCGCAAUCUUCCCGCUCAUCUCAAUCGCAGUCUAUUGCCCCCGCAUUUUCUGGACAUUCUACAAACAUAACCAAACCGUCAACCGCUUCCUCACCACAAACGGCGAAGUCUCCCGCAGCCGUUUUCUCCGCGUCCUCUUUAUCGGCUCACUCGACAUCCUCAUAACCCUUCCCCAAGGCCUCAUAGCCAUCAUCGACAUGACGCUCAAUACGCUCGACAGCCACAAGACCUUUGACACGCCGCUGUUCUAUCUGGGCUGGGAGAUCGUGCAUCGCAACUGGAGUCCGAUUGGGGUAUCGUACGCGGAGUUUGGGGAGGGGAGGGUGCAGAAGUUUACGGUGGAGUAUGGGCAGUGGACGAGUAUUGUGCUUGCGUGUGUGAUCUUUGCGUUGUUUGGAGUAAAUGGAACGGCGAGGGAGGGGUAUUGGAAGGCCAUUCGUGUCAUUGGGGGAGCGUGCGGGUGGCAUCUGAAGGAUGCGACGAAGAAACGGGCGGUGUUGUUGCCGAUAUCUUUCAAGGCACGCACACAAGCGAGCGAUUUUAGGAUGCGAUUCUCUGUGUUUGUCGAUGUCGCAAGCGCUGUUAGGAGGGAUGCCCGUGGUAGCAUCGAAGCUGAACAUCUCGCGCCACAUCCCGACUACACCCAGCACAGCGUCGAAAGUGCUGCCGUGUCGACUUUGCCUUCGUACAGAGCGAGCUUUGAUUCGGACAAGUCGACUGCAGCACCGAGCUAUGAUGGCCCGCUGGAUUCGCAUGGGACGAAUGAGCCUUUACCGCCGAUGUAUCGAAGUGAUAUCGAGAUGCCGCCUUCAGCGUUCAUUCCACCACGACGACAACGACAGUUGCCUUCGCUCCCUGGUCCUUGA